CUUUGUGAGGGUUGGAACCCAUGAUGGAGGCUCGGGCCAUGCCCUCGCUAAGCACUGACCAAAGUCCCCGCUCAGCAUUGGCCAUUGCUCCACUGCUAAAUUGGUUUCUCCUUUUCUACACUUUUCUACUCUAUUCUUUUGACGUCACGUAUUUGUCAAACAGUUUCUUGGAAGACUCCAGAAACUCUUCCUCUCUCUAUAUAUAGAGGAAGAGAUUGCAUGUAUGUAGUCUUCACGCACUUCUUAAUUGAAUAUUCGAAACCACACCUUUGAGCUAUUCGAGGUCUGGCCUCUCACACUCUUACUCCUUAAACCCCUAACUAUAAUAACAACCCCCCUCCCCUAAAACUCUAAAACAACAACCAAAUAAACACCCUCACCUCAAAAAAUGAAACCCUUAACUCCCUAACCCAAGAAUCCCAUUAAAACCAAAAAACCAAUCCGGUAAUAACUCCUUCUCUAACCCAAGAUAAAACCCUCAAGAGGCCCUCAAGAGGGAUAAGAAGACAAGGAAAGACUAUCCUACUAUACUUACUAUACUUAACUUAAGUCUAUAAAGGAAUGCCUACAAGAAGCAAAAACAAUGGAAUAGAAUAGAGUAUUUGCUAUUUGUUGUUAUUAGAUAGAUAGGUUUAGGAAAUAACUUGGUAUACCGCUUCCCCACGUCCCGUAACGCAGCCCACCGAGUCCCGAUUGAACAUCAAACACCGUAACUCUUCUCGAGUCUCGACGUGAUAUACUAAAUUCAUAUCUUGUUCUAGAAUGUGUGAUUAUCUCUGCCUUUUUCGUUCUUAAGGGGCGGAGAUGAGUUGUGCGGAGGAAGGGUUUUCGAUAAUCCUUUUGCUUGUUUGUAGAUGAAAUGGAGAAGACGACUUUGGAUAGUGAUCGCAAUUAACUUGAAGAACCCAGGAUACAAACUAUACCGUCUCCCUGAUAGUACUACGGGUAGGGGGUAAGAAUGUGCCCAUUGAUUGACUCCAAAGCUUGGGCAUUCCAGCGUGGCAUGCCUUGGAUCGGAAUAUGUUAGUUGCCUGAUUCGUCGUAGCGUACUCAUAGACGCGAUGAAUAAACCUGUUCCACUUUGGUACAGAUUUUCCAUAUAGGUAUAGCUUUCUUCUUUUGCUAGCGCAAUCUCAUAUGCAUGUGUCGAGAUUGUCACUAUUCAUCCUCUCCGGUCUCCGGGGAUAUACUUUGGGAAGAGCUCCUCCAAAUAUCCUCUGCGAUGCUCGGAAACAUCUGUACUUCCAAUAUUGUAGGCUGAUUGUAGGGUUAGCCAUUAACGCCCAUCAAUCCAUCUCAAACUUUGCCGCUCCCUCUUCAGCCCAAGCUUCGAGCACAAAAUCACCAGCUUCCACCAAUCCAAUAGGAGAGCUUUUCACACCCCCAAUAUCAGCUCCUUCCUUUUCCUUGCCCUUCUUUGAUAUCUGCAAGCUCGGUUCGGAGGGUACCCAUGGCUGUGGAUGUCCAAUUGGCGGAUCCGCCUCAUCCCUCAAUUCUAUCGACAGUGUAAACGUACAAUCUUUAGGUAACGGCUUCAUUUUCCCUCCCAGGUAAUCCAGCUUCCGAAUCUUUGCGCGGAGCUGCUCUUCAAUGUCAACGAUGUCCGCCACUCCCGGAGCGUCGCCCUCGAAUUCGGUGAACCUCUCUUUAUGGUCGACGACUGGGAAACGGCUGAUAUCGAAUAGGAAUCGCUCGAGUACUUUGAGGUCGGGAGAGUAUAUUACUACGACCACCCGCUUGACUGCGUUGGCGGAGAUUUGCGGCUCCAGCGCUUUGAUGGAUUCAUUGAUCCAUUCGCACACUUUGGGGUGUCGGUUUUGGUGGACGGGCAGGUUGUAGGCACGAGUUGUGAGAAAUGUGCUGUGGGGAUACAGUUCGCGUAUGUAGAGAAUGGUGUGUAUUGCGACGGUCAGAAAGUCCAUCAAGGUUCUGUGGAGGGCGAGGGUGGUGUUGAGGAUUGGCGGGGCUGGCGGUGGAGGGGCUGCCAUCCUGAACACGGAGGAUUCGUGAUGGCGUCAAUUAGCAAUGCACUUGAGAUGUCAUCUCAGAUGGUCGGUUGGAAAGUCACAAUGUGAUGUGUGAGUGUUAGUUGCAAGGUAGAAUUAGCGCUGCGCGGUGGGAAGGUAGUGUCGUGUAGUGGCAGAUAAAUUUACUGACUAUGAUGUAUUUCCCUCUCACCCAACCGUGUCGCGAGAAGUUGCUGCUGCUUCUCGCUCACGCGUAUUCUCUCCUUAACCCAACAAACGCACCAAUAUUCACCCACAUUAACCAUAGCAAUUUCUAUCGCCUAGGAAGAGACCCUUCCAACCCUCUCCGACAUUAAUAUCCGACCUCAAUUCCCUCCAUCCCUACCUGGAUACACUACCAACCUCCACAUCCAAUUGCAGUGCGAACAACCUCCCAAAGCUACCCCACUCGUGGAGCUGGUCAAGAUGGCACAAACCAUGGAGGACCAACUUCUACAACUCCUGCGCGAUACGCAGUCGGCGUCUGAAGGACCGCGCAAGCAAGCCGAAUUGACUCUACAGCAAGCCCAGAACAAUUCAGCCUUCCCUGGCAGUCUGGCCGCCAUCGCCAGCCAUGUGUCGGUCGCACCAGAAAUCAGGCAGAGCGCCCUGUUGAUAUUGAGAACGUUUGUGGAUAAAAAUUGGAGUGGACACGAUGAGAAGGGCCCAACCAUCCAGAUUGAUGAGACGGUCAAGGAGCAGCUGCGGGUGCGAAUGCUGGAGUUGGCGACAUCUGGAGAUGCCGAUAGAAAGAUCAGAAGUGCGGCAAGGUGGGUGGCUUUUUGAUAGCUCCAACAGGCUGGAGAACUGCGCUAACACAGUGGGCGCUAGCUAUGUCGUCAGUAAAAUCGCCAAUGUCGAUUUUCCUGACCACUGGCCAUCUCUACUUCCAGCAUUACUGCACCUCAUUCCUAAUGCUUCAGAUGCACAAUCACAUGGUGCCCUCAAGGUACUUUCCGGCUUGGUGGAGGAUUCUCUGAGCGAAGACACAUUCUUCACAGUUGCGCGGGAUAUCAAUAAUGUGGCAUAUGAGGUGGCAGUCAAUGUUAAUCGGAAAGCGUCCUUGCGAGCAAUGGCGAUUUCGAUUUUUCGCAGUACAUUUGAUAUCAUGGAUAUGGUCAAGGAUGAGCAUGGACCUGAGGUCAAGGGGUUCGCAGACGAGGUCAUCAAGGCAUGGCUACCCUUUUUCAUGGACGUUUUGAAGAAACCAUUAUCUACAAGACCACCCGAAGAUGACAACAGCGAAGUGGCCUUGGAAUGGAGAGGUCUUGUUCUGAUUAAGCUACAAGUAGUCAAGACUUUGAUGAAGAUCAAGAUGGUUUUCGCACAGAUUCUUCUCCCACAAAGCCCUGCUCUGUUUACUGCCACAUGGGAGGAACUCUCGAUGCUCCAAAGUGCAUACAAGGAUAUGUAUGUGGACGACAACGAGCAAGGACGUCUUGAAGAUGCCGACGGUUUGCCAUACACCCUUGACUUCUUAGUAUUGGAGGAACUCGACUUCUUCUCGUCUUGUUUAAGAGCACCACCCGUCAGAGAAGAGCUUCAAAAGCAAUUGCAAAAUAAUUCCAGUGUUGCGGCCACUCCUUGGGUAAUGGAUGUUAUGAAAUUAGCUGUGGGUUUUGCUCAGAUUUGCAAGGAAGAGGAGGACCUUUGGGAUAUUGAUGUCAACCUCUUCUUGGCGGAAGAAACUUCAGUUACAGCAAACUAUACUGCAAGAACCGCUUGUGGAGACUUGCUUGUCAAGUUGGGCGAGUGGCUCAACUUAGGUGCCAUGGAAGGGUUGCUCGCGUACAGCCAAGCUCUUUUUUCCUCUGAAGCUGCCACGUGGAGAGAUAGGGAGGCUGCAUUGUACCUUCUCACUCAGCUAACCACCGAUUUCCUUGAUCUUAGCAAAGAAAUUUCGCCAGAGAUUGCUCAUGCAUUUUUAGGCCUCAUUGACUAUGCAAUUAACAGACCGGAGGAGCCUUUGUUGAAGGCUCGAGGAUACCUUGUUGCUGCUCUUCUCGUUCAGUAUCUUCCAGAUGUUUCUCUUGGUCUUCUUGACCGCACGAUUGGUGGUGUCAAUGGCGAAGAGGAUGAAGUUGUCAAGGUGUCUUGCAUUAGGGCACUGCGGGGAUUCAUCAAAGCUCACACUGUACCGGCUGACAGACAAGUUCCAAUCAUUACAGCCAUAUCCGAAUUCCUAUAUGCAAAAGAUCUUACCGAUCUCGAGGACUCGGAUGAUCUUCUUGUCACAUUGGUGGAAACCUUACGAGAUGCCAUUAUCUUGGACCCAAGAAUUGCCAUUGCGAGCGAAAGCACAGCAUUGGAUCUUCUUUUCUUACUCGCAAAACAUGGUGCCUCAAAUUUCCAACUGGUCAUGUUAGUCAAUGAGUGCUUCGAAGAUGUGACGGAAUCACUUGCCGUAAGUAAUGAGGGUUAUGUGGCAUUAUGUGCAAAGGUGUUGCCUUCGUUGACGGGAGCAUUUGAUGUCGGUGGUAUGACGGGUGAUAGUCCUUUAAUUGAGGUAAGACUUGCAACACUCUGGGGCAUGACGUUACUGACACUUUAAUAGCUUGCGGCAGAGUUACUUGCUGUACUCACUGAGAAAGGAUCAGAACCCCUUCCACCAACCUUUGUUGCUUCUGUUCUCCCAAAGCUUAAUCGUUUAUUGAUGGCGACUACAGAAGGAGGAAUUUUGAGACCUGGUGUCGAAUCUUUUAAAUUUAUGCUCAUGCAUGAUCACCAACAGGUAUUUGCUUACAAGGAUGAGACAGGACGAUCAGGUCUCGAGUUAUGUUUGGUCAUUAUUGAUAAGUUACUCGGACCUACGAUCGAAGAUAAUGCGGCUUCUGAGGUUGGCGGUCUGGCGGCUGAGCUUGUCGAAAAGGCAGGCCAGGAACGAUUGGGGCCUUACCUGCCACAACUUUUACAAGCCGUUGCAUCAAGACUUGCUACUGCAGAGGCGGCACCAUUCAUUCAGUCAUUGAUUCUAGUAUUCGCCAGAUUAUCGCUACUUGGAGCUCAAGACGUGGUGGAAUUUUUAACGCAGAUUCAGAUUAAUGGUCAAAGUGGCCUUCAGGUGGUUGUAAGCAAAUGGCUCGAGCAUUCGAUAAACUUUGCUGGAUAUGAUGAGAUUAGACAGAAGUACGUAUUGGACUUGCCUGAAUUCGUAAAUUAGUGCUAAUCAUAUACAGUGUCAUCGCUCUGUCGAAAUUGUAUAGUUUGAAUGACCCCAGAGUUGUUCAAACUAUGGUCAAGGGUGAUCUGAUCAUUCCAACUAGUAAUAGGAUUAUGACCAGAUCACAGGCUAAAUUGAGUACGUUUCACUUCAAUGACUCCAACUGUUCUUUGCUAACAAAUCUCCAGAUCCAGAUCAAUUCACAAUCAUCCCCGCGCCCCUCAAAAUCAUCAAAGUCCUCAUCGAAGAACUCCUCUCUGCUUCGGGACAUCAAAACGCCGCCACCGCCGCAGCCGCCGCCGCCGAAUUCGCUGACGAAGAAGGCGAAAACGACGACUGGGAAGACUUACCCAACACUCUCGACCUCGGACUCGGUGCUACCAAGGCGGAUCUCAUGGCCUACGCCAACGAGGGAUCGGCGAAUUUCCUCCGCCAGAAGGACGAUGAGACGCAGCAGUACCUGGUGGAAUUCUUCCUCAAGGCGGGGAGUGAGAAUAUUGCGGGGUUCAAUGAGUUGUAUGGCGCGUUGACGGAUGAGGAGAGGGGGAAGUUGAAUGAGGCUGCUGGACAGAGUCAGGCGCAGGUUCAGCAGCAGCAGGCGCUUCAACAAUGAACGUUGACUUUUGUGAGGGUUGAGGAUUGGAUGGGUUUUUUGGUGAGCCGGGGAGGAUGGGAU